AUGGCCCACCCAUGUGCCUAUGCUGACCAUGGAGCUAAACUACUACGUGGAAACUGUCCCACAUUCUGGUACAGCUUCAAUGGCCGCUGCUACAAAUAUGUUUCUGCAAGCAUGGCCUGGGCUGAUGCAGAGCUCCACUGUGUGUCACAGGGAGCCAACCUGGCAUCUAUCCACAGUUUGGAGGAACAUCAGUUUGUGAAAGUCCUGAUCAGCAACUUUGACCCUACUGAAGGAUACACCUGGAUUGGACUCACAGAUCUCCAUAAAGAAGGAGGCUGGAUGUGGUCUGAUGGUACUCCAGUGGAUUUCACCUAUUGGACUUCAAGUCAGCCAGAGAACAUGGGAGGAAAUGAACACUGUGUUCAUAAAAACUUUGGUAUGAAGUGGAUUGACAGUCGAUGUUCUGAAAGUUUUCCCUUUGUCUGUGCAACUCGCUGUUCUCAGUAA